AUGUGGCUGCUUUGCGCAUUGAAGGAGACAGCAAACGCCUUGGCCGAUCCUCUCCUUGUCGUCGACGAGUGGUGCAGAAGACGGUUGGUGCAGGGGAGUGUGUUGAAGAAGGUUCUGGAAUCGAUCAAGGAGCUAGUAACCGAUGCCAACUUCCACUGCUCCCCCACCGGUUUGUCGCUGCAGGCUUUCGAUUCCAGCCACGUGGCGCUGGUGGCGCUGCUGCUCCGUUCCGAGGGAUUCGACCACUACCACUGCGACCGAAACAUCUCCAUGGGGAUGAACCUCGACAACGUGGCUAAAAUGCUCAAGUACACUGGAAACGACGAUAUCAUCACUUUGAAGGCCAACAACGCCAGCGACACUGUCACUUUCGUGUUCGAAACCCCCACACGAGAUAAGACCUCAAAAUUUGGGAUGAAGCUGAUGGACAUUGAGAGUGAGCAUGUAGAAAUGCAGGAAGCUGAGUACCAUGCUAUUGUUCGCAUGCCAUCUGUUGAGUUGUCAAGGAUUUGCAAACAUCUUAGUAGCUUUGGUGACACAGUUGGCAUCUCUGUUACAGAGGAAGGUGUGGAGUUCUCAUCCAGAGGAGAUAUUGGAACUGCACAAACUGUGUUUUGGCAGAACACCACUGUUGACAAGCCAGAUUAUGCCACUGUGAUUGAGAUGAAUGAGCCAGUGUCUCUCACAUUUGCUCUUAGGUAUCUCAACUCCUUCACUAAGGCCACCCCAUUGUCUACCACUGUCACUUUAAGUUUGUCCUCGCAGCUUCUGGGGGUCGACUAUAAGAUUGCAGAGAUGGGCUACAUACGAUUCUACUUGCCUCCCAAGAAUGAGGAAGAUUGAGGAGUAUGAUCCGAUCCUUUAUACUUGACUCAUUUUUUCAU